AUGUCUCGCGAGGCCUAUCAGGUGCCCACGGGCGGCGGGCAGAAUGCCUUCAGCGCUGAUGCUAUGGGUGCAGGCUCGAUUGAUGGUCCCGUCGUUGCUUACCUCUGUGGCGAGUGCAAUUCUCGCGUGUCACUGAAGAGAGGGGACCAGAUCCGAUGCAAGGAAUGUGGCCAUCGUGUGCUGUAUAAGGAAAGAACGAAGCGAAUGGUCCAGUUUGAAGCCCGAUGA